AUGCCUCCUCAGUCAAUAAUACGAGCGCUACCUUCAGAGGUGAUUGCAAAGAUUAAAUCGUCUACAUCCAUUGUGCAUCUGAAUGGUGUCAUUUUGGAGCUAGUCAAAAAUUCUUUGGAUGCCAAUGCACAUACCGUCUUUAUCACCGUUGAUUUCAAACGUGGUGGUUGUGUAGUUGAAGAUGAUGGCGAUGGAAUUCUUCCGGUCGAGUUUGAAGCUACAGGAGGGCUGGGCAAGCCUCACCGCAUGUCUCUCGACCUUCAGCUUGUAAUGCGUGCUGGCUAA